GACAUUAGGCGUCAGUUCUAAAAUAUAUUUUAUAUGAACUCGAAUGAAAUCAAUACAUUCACUAGCUUGGAAUGAAUAUAUUUUAGAAAGACAGUGGAAAACGGCAUAUAGAGUUGAUAGUUUCAUCAUUAAGAAGUCUAAUGCAAGACCAGAUUGAUACUUUAAAGUCAAGAGGUUUAAGAGCUGAAGCAAUAACCAAGAAGAAGGAAAUGAGUGAAAAUGUUAUUUAUGAUAUUAAAAAGGGAAAUGUACAGUUUGUCUUUUGUUCACCCGAGGCAUUGGUGCAAUCUGAAUGGUUUAAUGUAAUAAGAGAUGUGUGGAAGAACAGUUUAUGUAUGAUUUGUUUUGAUGAGGCGCAUUGUGUGUCGGAAUGGGGAGAAUCUUUCAGACCAGAAUAUAGACAAGUUGCAAUGAUAAGAAGCAUUGCAGAUGUCCCGGUCUUGGCACUUACGGCAACAGUAACAACAAAGGUCAAAUCAGAUAUAGAAAAGUAUCUUUAUAUCAAGGAAGAUUGCAAUGUUAUAGCAGCUAUUCCAGACAGGUAUAUACGUAGUAUUCAAACAAAGAAAUUGCAUAUUUAAA